CUUUAAGGGGAAUUGAACUUUCUCCAAUUUUAGAGUGAUUUCUGAGCCUUCAAGGUUUCGAGCACCAGGUGUUUGUGUUUUUGUCAACUGAGAAGGCUAAUGAUCAGUAUAAAGCCACACUGCAGGGAAAGCUUAGUUCUUCACAUUCGUACAUAUUUUGCCUUGUUGAAAUGGAUCAUUCUGCAGUGGAGGUGGACCUGAAAGGAAGAGUUGAAGUUACCAAGGAUAAGAAUGGAUUUGGUCAAGUUCUGCUUCGGAAUUCCAGAGGAGCGUCUGUUCGGGUAAGCCUUCAUGGAGGACAAGUCCUUUCAUGGAAGACUGGCCAUGGUGAAGAAUUAUUAUUCACCAGUAGCAAGGCAAUUUGUAAGCCACCAAAAGCCGUUAGAGGUGGAAUCCCUAUUUGCUUCCCACAGUUUGGGAACUGCGGUUCCCUCGAGGACCAUGGCUUUGCCAGAAACAGGAUGUGGGUCAUUGAUGAUACUAAUCCUCCACCUCUACAAUCCAAUGAUUCCAAUGGCAAGACAUUCAUUGACUUGCUAUUCAAACCUUCUAAGGAUGAUCUUAAAGUUUGGCCUCAUGGAUUUGAAUUUCGCCUUAGAGUUGCUGUGACGGUUGAGGGUUCGCUGGUUUUGAUAUCGCGUGUGAGGAAUGUCAACUGCAAACCCUUUAGUUUCUCAUUUGCUUAUCUCUCCUACCUUUCAGUGUCUGAUAUCAGUGAAGUAAGAGUGGAAGGCGUAGAGACCCUCGAUUAUCUUGACAACCUCCACAAAAAAGAACGCUUCACGGAGCAGGGUGAUGCAUUGACUUUUGAGUCUGAGGUGGAGCGAGUUUAUCUGAGUUCUUCAGACGUGAUUUCUGUCUUUGAUCACAAGAAGAAGCGGACAUUCCACAUUAGGAAGGAAGGGCUGCCCGAUGUCGUUGUUUGGAAUCCAUGGGUGAAAAAGGCAAGAGCCAUAGUUGAUUUGGGAGAUGAAGAGUACAAACAGAUGGUGUGUGUGAAUGGAGCAGCAGUAGAGAAGCCAAUCACAUUGAAGCCAGGGGAGGAAUGGACAAGUCGCGUGGAGUUAGCCGUUACGCCUACUAUGUAAAUUAACCAACUCUCUCAAGUUUGUGUAACUAUAUAUGUAUAUGCAAAUUGUAUGGCUGAAAAAUGGGGAUUUCUUUUUAUAUGUUAUCCCCACAAUUUCAGACAAUAAUGUUUUUUUAAGGUGAUGAAAAAAAAAUCUCCGUUCGCGAGCAAUCAUUUCAUGUCUCGAUCCUAGGUUUUUAAUGAAUUUGGAAUGGGAAG